CGACGCCAUUUCGUCCUGCCCCGCCUAGCUGCCCGCACUGCGCAUGCGCGCUCGCCGGCCUCCCAUUGGCUCCCGCCCCGCGGCUUCAAACGGUCCGGCGGGAGCGAUGGCGGCGGAGGCUGCGGCCGCACCCCCCCGGCGGGUUCAGGUCUGCGUCCGCCUGCGCCCCGGCCCCCCCGGUGAGGAUCCCUGCCUGCUGCCCCUCGACUCCCACACCCUGCAGCUGCGUGAGGACCCCCCCCACGCCCCCUCCUGCUACCGCUUCGAUGCUGUUUACGACGCCGCCAGCUCCACGGCCGCCGUCUACGAGGGCUCCGUCCGCCUGCUGCUGGCCCAGUUCCUGGCCGGCCGCGACGUCACCGUUCUCGCCUACGGGCCCAGCGGCUCCGAGGCUGAAGAAGCGGCGCCCACCCCCCUCCCCUCCUCCUCCUCCUCCUUCUCGUCCAGGUGCCCCCUCCCCGGCCUCCCUGGUGGUGCUGCGGCGGCGGCAGAAGGUGAGUCCCUUGAGGGGGGAUGUGACAGGACGGGGGGGGUCCGUUCGUGUCCCCCCCCCCCUUAG